AUGUCUUCCGUUUCUACUCGAAGCCCCUGCACAACGCAAUUGCACAACAUCGAUCAUUCUUCUCUGGACUGGGAUACAGUCACUCCAGCAGAAGAAACAUUCUUUUCGAACCAACCGAGGCAAGUGGCAACAUGGGAUUCUGAGCCUAAGGGGUCCAACAUCAAAAGUGCAUCACCCUCGUUCGUAUACAGAGUGAAUACUGGUCCUUGCAACUCUCAAGUCGGACAGAGCAGACCCAUCUGCGAAACAGCAGAAGAGGAUACUACGGGUGUCGUAAGUACCCAGUCAAGCGUGAUCAACAAAAAGUACCUCAUCGUCGACGAGCAUCUAUCGCUGCUUGGAAGAUCGUUUCAAUUCCUUAUCGAAAAAGAUAAUGGGUGGGAUGUGAGGAUCUCGGAUAAUGGAGAUACGAUGACCUGCACUUUCCGACCUGGCGCUGGAAUUGACGAAAUAUAUGAAUCUGCCGCUGGGGCCCAUGAUACUCGAAGAUUACGACAAUUGAUUCUUGAGAGAUCCGGUUUACCAGGAUACUUAGGACGCUCAAGUCCAAGGGAGCCUCCGAACGCCGAGAUGAUCGACGGGGAACAACAUAUCACUCUGUACUAUAACUGGGAACCAGUCCCGAGUAUGAGCACUGCUAAAAGAGGUGCAUUCGAUAACGAUCGAUUCUUCGUCAAACCUAGUAUUACGAACUAG